UCUUAAUUCAUUACGAUCAUCCAUAUUGAAGUGUGCAGACAUGUUUCGGAGAAUUCUUAUGCUCGCUUUCUUUUCUUACAGCCAUUGUUUUUUGGAGGACCCGUUGUCUAUACAACAACGGUUUACUGCUCUGGAGGCUCGAGUCAAACAGUUGGAGGCAUAUACAGCUAAGUGCCCUUGCGUUGAUGCAGUCGGUUUUAAUGUACAGCUGACGCACAACAUAUCUCCUAUGGGCCGAUAUCAACAUAUAAUUUUCGACAAUGAAUUAACAAAUAUAGGUAACGGCUAUGACAAAUUAAGCGGGCAGUUCACAGCUCCUUACCAUGGACUUUAUACCUUUGCUGUCAGUUUCACAAAAGGUGGAGACCAUAACCUAAGCGUACAGAUAGUUAAAAAUGGAGCCACAAUUUCACAAGGACUUACUUAUACAGAAGAUGUCUACGAUACAGCUACAGUGACAGCUACUGUCGAGCUUACUAAAGGAGAUAGAGUUUGGGUAGAAAACGGAUACCCCGUGGAUGAUGUCGAAGAUAUACACGGACAGUGGACAUUUUUCUCGGGUCAUUUAGUAAUGUCGAUGCCAAACUAAACUUCGCGGCUUAUUUCCAGAGUGUACACAAUUCAAAUCCAAAUAUAUAUGAAGAAUAUUUUGUUCGAAUAGAUGUAGGUGUAGGGAAUCUUACUUCUUCUAAAAUGGUGUAAAAAUUCCGCGCGAUACGACAAUAAAGAUUGAUCCUGCA